CUCCUUGUACACUCCACAUACGACCUCCGAAACGUGUGCUUCGUUAUUUUUUUAACUUGAUACAGGUAUUGGUGCAGUGUUUGUGCUAAUUAAAUUUUCAGGAGAAAAUGGUUUGUAAGCUGUUAUUAAUAGUUCUGGCAGUAGCGGCGUGUGCGCAAGCCAGGCUCUUCACUUAUAUUCGACCGGUGGCAGACACUCAUCCUGCUGAAACGUAUCAACGUGCCCAGCCCCGGUUUGGUUAUGACCACAUUUCGGAGGAUGAACAUUUGGAUUAUUAUGCUUAUCCCAAGUAUGUGUUCAAAUACGGAGUGAACGACUUCCACACGGGAGACAUUAAGACGCAUCACGAGUCACGCGACGGUGAUGUUGUCAAAGGUCAGUACACAGUUGUAGAGCCUGAUGGCUCCAUCCGCACAGUGGACUAUACCGCCGAUAAACACAACGGGUUCAAUGCCGUGGUGCACAAGACUGCGCCCAUUUCGCACCAUGACGGUAUUCAUCUUUAGACUAGUUUGAAAUUUUCAUUUUAUUAAGACUGGUUUUUUAUUGGAGUUUCAAGGAAACAAUUGAAAGUAAGGUAAGAAAAUCGUCGCUUGUUUAGUAUUUCGAAAUAAUGAUAGUGCCAAAUUGAGAUUAAUGGUAUUAAUAAAUUAUAUAUUGAAUGUUCUCAUGUUGCCACAAGAACUAAUUUCUUGUGCUGACGUAAUUUCAGUAAACUUUUCAAGAUGUAUAAUUUGUUUUACGCCUUUAGUUUUGAUUAGUACUUUGAAUUAUGAUAAUCGUUACGGUUCGGUUCAUAAUAAUCUAUUGCAUAAAAUAAGUCGUUUUUUACCUAUUUACGCAUUGAACUAGUAAUUUAAUGGCGGCUGCAUUAGGGCGUGACAAAAAAAAAUGUCAUUGGUAAAACGCCUCCAAUUUCAUGAAUUUGAACGUACUUCUAAAAUAUUUUUAUUUAUUUAUAGAGGCAG